CAGAGAGGAGCACAGGCUGAGGCGGAAGUCAAACUGCUCUGAGACCGUCAGCCGCGGAGGAGCUGUUAACUGUCAGCCGGACGGAGACCCAGAUACACAGACAAAGUGGUUAUCCAGUGGUACCUCGGAGGCAGGCGCAUCCCGGAAUAGAGAGGGUGAUUUUCACCUCAAGUCGUGUAGUGUGUAAAAAUAAAGUCAGUGCUUUUCAACAGUGGGUCUGCUGAGACAAUACAGCGGACCAGGAAGCGGGGUUUUGGAUCUGGGAAAGGAGAGCGCGCCGUGCAGCAAUCAUGAGCACCACCUACAGUGUGUCCUUGGCUGGCCCAGCGCCGUGGGGCUUCAGACUGCAGGGGGGCAAAGACUUCAACAUGCCGCUGACCAUCUCCAGGCUAAAUGACGGAGGGAAGGCAACCAAGGCCAAUAUUGCCGUUGGAGAUGUGGUUCUGUCCAUCGAUGGGAUCAGCACAGAGAGCAUGAACCACCUGGAAGCCCAGAACAAAAUCAAGUCCUGUACUGGUUCCCUGAACCUGACUCUGCAGAAGGCUUCCAGUGUUCCCAAACCUGCACCAGCUCCUGCUCCAAAGCCUUCUGUCUAUAACAGCCCCAUCAACCUUUAUUCCAAUGACACUGCCUGCGAGGUUGCUGAGGGUCAGAGGAGGGGGCUGAAGGACAGCCAGGGGAGUCCCUCCCAGCACAACGGUGGGCCCCAGAGCAUCUUGAAGAAAAGCCCACCAAGACGUGCACCACGGAAGCCUGCCGUGGACACAGAUAUCGAGUUUUACCACGUGCCUUCUCACGGUGAUGCCAGCAAGAAGCGCCUGAUGGAAGAUACUGAGGACUGGCACCCCAGAACUGGCACCUCGCAGUCGCGUUCCUUCCGCAUCCUGGCACAGAUCACGGGCACCGAGCGCUUGCAAGAACCAGAAACCAUUUCUGCUAAAAAGACAAAUGGUCACUUCUCCUUCAGCGAGCUCAACGCAGACAGCGGAACGGUCAGCCUUGUACAUGUCGAAGAGCCCUCUGAUGUUGACCGAGCUGAUCUUGCUCUCCGGCUCUCGAACGGCCUGGAUGGCAAGAUGUCCUCUGCGGGUGCUCACACACAGUAUGUCGGCACACAGACCAUUGAGGAGCCUUGUCUCCUGUCUGCGCCUCCAGCUGCUCUGCUAGAAGUUAAGGCAAGUCCUGUGUCUGGAGCAACAAGCAGUCUGGCCCUUGAAAAUGCAGCUGACAGCAGCCUGUCUCAAAAGCCAGCUGGCCUCCUCCUCUUCAGCUCUCCAGUGAGACUCCAGUUCCUGGACAAUCCUCUGCAGGCUCUGCCCAAGUGCGCUCCACACCCCCCUCCAGUAACACGGGUUCUUAAGGGGAUUCGUCAGAUAGCUACACUGUCCAGGAUGCUUCCUGUCUCAAACAGAACUGCAGGCAUACGUGCAAGUUUAGUUCAAAUCUGUCCAGGCACGUCUACUUCCUUUGCUAGUGCUGGCAGUACUCUUGCUUCACCAGCAGGUGGCAGUAAAAGCUCAGUGUCGACUCAGACUUGCGAAUUAUCUGCGCUGUGUUCCGCUCCCGGAUUGCUGCCAUCUGUGAGCUCCGCUCCCUCGGCCCCCCAGAGCUCUGCUGCGUCUAUUCCAACACAAACAAGUCCCGUUACAGCUGCAGCAAGGCCUGUUCUCUCCCCAGGCCCUGUGAGGAAGGAGUUGCUGUCCAACCCUUUAGAAGCUCUUCCCAGGAGAGCUCCCUGCCCACCUCCCAUGAGCCUGAGUUCCCAGGCCCACGGAGCAGCUGCCACGAUUUCUGCCGCUGUCCGCACUCAAGCUAGACUCUCGGGGCCUGUGCUAUCGCCCUCUCUGCUGGACGCUCUCCUCAUCACACCUGUCUCUAGGCCCCCUCCUCUGCAGCGCACAAAAGAUAAAAGGAGAACUACCAGUGCCUUGUACUUGCAGAAGAACAAGAGUGUCUCCUGGCAUCAGUCAGUCUCUGCUGCCCUGACUCUCCCACCUCUCUCCACUGUGAGCCUUUCUGCCAGCCCUUUGUCUUCUAGUGAGGCACCAGAACCAGCCCAGCCCAGCUCUCACGUGACCUCUGCUGUGAAGACCAUGACUAAGGCUCCAGGCAGUGCCCCCAGACCUCCGCCUUCCAGCCAGGGCUCUGUGCCAGCCUUCAAACCCUCAGCAGCCCCAGGCACUGCCAAGUCUACAAGCUGGCAGACCAGCCAUGCAGCAGCAUCAAGCUUCCCUAAGGCCACUCCAAAUACUGGCCAUGUGGCCCCAGCAUUUGGGCACAUGACCAACAGCACCCCCAAGGCUCCAGUGGCCCCGGCAGCCGUCUGUUCUGCCCCCCAGCCUCACCCCACAGAUGAGGACACCCUGGUGCAGAGGGCUGAGCACAUCCCAGCAGGAAAGCGGACCCCCAUGUGUGGGCACUGCAACAUGGUCAUCAGAGGUCCAUUCCUGCUUGCUUUGGGCAAGGCCUGGCACCCAGAGGAGUUUAACUGUGCUCACUGCAAGACCUCCCUGGCCGAAAUCGGCUUUGUGGAAGAGAAGGGGUCUGUGUACUGUGAGCACUGCUAUGAGCAGUUCUUCGCUCCUACCUGUGGCCGCUGUCAGCGAAAGAUUCUUGGGGAGAUUAUCAAUGCCCUGAAGCAGACCUGGCAUGUCUACUGCUUCCUGUGCGCUGCAUGUCAGCAGCCCAUCCGCAACAACGUCUUCCACCUGGAAGAUGGCGAGCCCUACUGUGACAGAGACUAUUACAAUCUGUUUGGUACGAGCUGUCAUGGUUGUGACUUCCCCAUUGAGGCUGGGGACAAGUUUCUGGAAGCCUUGGGCUACACUUGGCAUGACACCUGCUUUGUCUGUGCGGUGUGUUGUACAAGUCUGGAAGGCCAGGCUUUCUUCUCCAAAAAGGAUAAGCCGCUUUGCAAGAAACACGCACACACUGUCAGAAUCUGAGUACCUUGAUUCCUUGAUUCUGCAAGUCCUGUGAAAGAAGAAGAAGGAAAGGAGAAUAUGCUCACCGGCUGUUGAGAUGCUUUGUUCUAAAGAAUGAUUCUUACUUUCUUAUGGACCUUAUUUUUGAGAAAUAUUUGGUGUUGGGGCUUUGUUUCUUUCUCUUUUCCUCUUUCAAAAGUUAAUGCAACAUUCAAUACCAAUUGAUAAGUUAUGUCCAGUUGGUCAGUGCUACUUUGGGUGACGCAAAAUACAAUUUUUAGUGCACGAACCAACAGAGAAUCAAGUUAAUGGUGUCAAUUAAUUUUAAAAACUGAGAGUGAAAGUAGAGAUGGAUUGGGAUAACAAAUUGUGUUUCAUUUCCACGUGUUAGCUGAAAUGUUCUGUGCCAAAAUUAAUCCACAGCAAUCUGAGAUCACUAUACACACACAAGGCGACAGAGAAUGUCCCAUUACACAGCUGAUCCUCAGGUGCAGGGCAUCCACAUGCCCUCAUUCCACUGCUUGGAUAUGUCUGCCCUGUUGCUUUAUUUCAUAUUAGUUUAAACACAUGGAUGGCUGAUGACCCAGUCCUGUGAAAUGCAUUGUUUUUAUCCUCCAUCAGUGCAGUUUGUGCGGGAGCCCUUGGCUUACAGAGCGAGAAACGGUGAAGACUGCAUGUUAAAUCUAUCACCCUAGCAUACUCUAUGCUGUGGAGGUCUAGAGGUUCAUUACUGCAAACAAAUAAAAUGAAAACACUUCCUUAUAUGGAUUAUAUUCCUCCCUUUAUGGCUUGCCAGCAACUGUACUAUACAGUAGAAGUGAAUGAGGGUAUCCCACCUCUGUUUUAUCUUGUCUUUUAACAAGUUCUCUGUGUGUCAGAACUGUAGUCUCUUUAGAGACUGUUUUUUUGAUUAAGCUCAUAUUAUCCAACCAUUGAUUAUUAGAAAACCACCUAUUUCUGUAGGGGUUAUAACUCGGAGCCCAGAGAGGAAGACAGGACAGCACUCUGGAUGAGAAGUUAGUAUGAAUAUCUUCUGUCAAAAUGCAUUAACACCACUGGAUUUCAUUUGUAAUACUGUACAGUAGUUUAUUCAAGGUGAGUUUUAAUUCACAAGGCUUUGGGUUUUGAAGUAUCUCAGCAGUAAAGUGAUGAGUACUUUAUGCAAGAAGCACUUGUAGUCAAGGAAGGAGUGUCAGUUUAGAAGAAUGAGUUCCAUUAGUGAAACCACUUCAUUGCUUUAUUGAUAAUUGUCUGUGCUCCUUGCCUUUCACUGAAGGAUUUCAGAGUUGUUUGAUUUAGAGUUGGAUUUAAAGUUGGGUAUUUCCUCAAAGUUACCCAAAGCAAAUAAGUGGAUUCUGAUUUUUUAAUGACAAAAAAAAAUGUAAAUACUGCAGUGCUAAGCUAGGAGUUCUGAAGCCCCUGUAUUGUUAAAUGAUUCAUUAAACAUGUUGCAAAUGUUUCUCAUGUCCUUUAAGUGCGUAUUGCACAAUAGUCUCAAAGUGCUUUUUUAAAAAAAACUAGUUGAUUUAGUGUAAUAGUAUCUUCCUGAUCUGGUUCAGUAUUGACUAACAGAUCAUGUUCUUCCAAGUGCUUUAACAAAAAGGCUUGACCAGACAUACUGUACAUAUUCAGAAUAACAGUCUUUGUUCUGCGCUGAAAAGCGGCAGUGUCAUCAGUGACCUUCUCCACCAGGAGAAGUGUUUAAGUGAGGAACUGCAGAAUCUGUUCGAAUUGUAGAUCUUUAUAAAUGGUGGUCAGCUCAGAUGGAAAUAUGCAAACAUAAUGUCUUAGAAUUUCCUCUCACGGAAGAAAAGCAGGCAGUUUCAAAUUUUCUUUGAAGUGGUUUCUAAUCAUUAACUUCUCCUAAAACCCCAGUGAAUCUCUUUCUGAAUUACCGACAUAUCUCCUUCCUGUGUAGUUUAAAUGCUUCAGAUAAAAAGGAAUUAAACUGUGGAUACAAAUAAAGCAUCAUACUGAACAUCUGUAAUUUAAAAGACAAAAAUGUGUUUCGCAUACUUCUUCACUUCUCAUCCAGGAGUGCUAUGAGGGAACUUUUUUUCUAAGCCACUUUACAAAUACACAGCAGCUUAAUUGAGCUUGUGCGCUUAAUGCCACAGCAUGAUAUAAGCACAUACUGUACUGAACAAUUCAUGUCUGUGGUGUUUGAAUUUCAAUUUAAUAAUAUGUAAUUGUCUGCUACACAGAGAGUUUGAUACUGAGUAAAAUGCCUGUUUUUCAUUUCUUUGUCUUUUCUGAAUCGGUGCCGAAAUAGGAAAUCACAAACCUAGCUGUAACCUUCAAGUUUUGUGGAAUUGCUGUGUACUUCACAGGGCAUGGCUUAAAUAUAAGCAAACAAUUGCUGCAGAUGAUAGAAUAUAAAAUGAUUGCUUUGCAUUAUGGUCUUUUGUGUUGUACAGUAAGUCUUUAAGUAAAAUCCGCAUGCACUGCAAUGAAAAAUACAUUUUCUUUUCUAUUGGAUACGAAAGAAAACAUGAGGGAUCAUUUUACUAAAUACUUCCUAUCGUGUAUUUAUUUUGAAAUUCCCAACAAAACUUUUAUGCCUUUCAACUUAAAAUAGGUUAGUUUUGUGUAAUUUAUGGACAGUCAGAAGUAUGUUUUUUAGAGCAAUGCCUGGAAGGUUCAGUCUGACCAAAGAUUUCACAGGAGGUCAGGAAGUGUACAGUAGAUCACAGCUUAACACAGAGCCAACUGUGUCCAGCAGGCAGGCUUCUAUAAUAAACUGAGUGAACCUGGUUUUGUAGUACACAUGAAUUGGAAAACCUUUGGAAGAUAUUGUAAGUAUUUUUCUUGAAUGUGAUUGUGUAAAAAACAGAAAAAGGUAUUGACUGUCUGAACUCAAAAGUAAAAGGCUUUUGUUGUAGAUUCAUGAGCUUAAUGUUUUUAUCAGAAAGAAACAGGGCUGUCUAAAUUGUCCACACAGUGCUGGAAAUCUUUCCUUUCUUCCCCAUUGCUAGUCAGAUUUUUCAAGCAGAAUAAAAAUGUAAAGAAAAUGGAGGUGACAGAAACCCAUAGAGCACAUUUGGACUGAGUUAUUCAUGUGUUGCAAAAUUUGUUGUGCUAUUCACACUGAAAUUCAGCUUAGGUCACUAACUGAAUAUAAAUGUAUCGAUUGUAUAUUUAUUGAGGCUUCAAGGGAUGCACGUGGGUGUUUUUUGUAUAUUUUAGAUGAAUGGACAAGUUAAGAUCUGUUAACUUUAGAUUAGUAGCAGUUGUGCAUUUACUGGUUUUCUUUUAUGUCUUUUAUUUUUAGCUCUGUUUUUCCUACAGUUCUGAUAUUCCAAAGCCAAAUACAAACUUUUGCUUUUGCUGCUAUUAAGUGCAGUAUAUGCACAUGAAAACUACAUUGGAAAUGGUUGCACAACCUUUGGUUUUCAUGAAAAGUUAAAAGAUGCUUUUGAGCUCAAAAGAAACAUUAGAUAGGGUGUCAAUAAUUCUACCAUUUGUAGUACAGUAAAAUGUUUUCUUAAAAUCAAUGUUUUUUUUCUUAUAAGAGCAUACAAAGGAUGAGUCAAUGUUCAUAUAUACCUGUAGACAAAUGUUCAUAUAAAGUGUUAAAUAGUUGGAAUUCUUCAAUGAUGUGUGACCUGUUCACUUAAAUGUUAUACAAAAGGGUUGUUAUGAGUAUUUUUUAUCUGUGGGAGGAAAAGCUGUAUUUUCUUUCUUUAAAUUAUGAGUAAAUUGAAAACAAGAGGGAAAAAAACAUCAACAACAAAUAACUUGGAUGUCCCAAAUAAUUUUCAACAGAUGUGCAACAUUUGCAGUCUCAAUAACAGGAGGCAGUGACGGGGGGGAUAGAGUGAUCUGCAGACAAAAGUACAUUUUGUCUGUUUGUUUUUUGCAAACAAGAAGAGUUCAAAACAAGAGUGGCAAUCCUUUCACAGGCCUUUGAUUCUGCCAGCUUGUCUUUUGUUACCUGUUGGUUCCUGUUCAGGUGGCAGUGUGGAGGAGUGUUCAGGGCUCUAGACUUGCAUAUGGGAGGCUCCAAUGCUAGAUGAACCACUACUGCUACACUCCCCUUGACCAAAUUUUGUUACUGUGAUUGCUCAAGUAAUGUUGCUAGGUGUAUAAAUGGAUACAAUGUACGUCUAUUUGGAUAAAACCAUCAGACAAAGAGCUUUUCCACCCUGAAGUGGCACCAGAAAUUGAAUGUCCGAGGGUGUGUCUCAUAUUAGUGCAAGUGUUUGAGACACCAUCACAAAACUUUGUGUUAGUUUUAAAAUAGUGGAUAGUUUUUCUACUUAAAGAUCGUAAAUAAUGUGCUGAAUGUCCUCCUCUCUUUGUGGCUUUUCCGUUGUCCUGAUAUUCAUAAAAUAAAUAACUAUUACAGUACGGAACUUGCGGUUUUGUGUUUGCAGUGCUGUUGAACUGAAAUAUUCCCUGAUGGCUUUGCCUGAUUAAAAACCAUGUUUAAGUGAUUAUUUAAAAAAAGCAGAGGAAACGAUUUCUCCAAAAGAAUUUACCAUGUUUUGUCCCAUGAUCUGAACCACAGUUGCCCUCUCCGUCUCUAGAACUGUCCUUACUGUGUUCCUGAAAAUGCUUUAUUUUCAAAAACUCUUUUAUCUCCCAAGUCUCUGUAAGCUUUCACCAUUCCAGCAAUAAAGUUAUGCACUCUUCAAAAAAG